AUGUCGUCCGGCGGUGACGGCAAGUCCAAGUACCGGGACCGAUAUGCAGUUCUGCAGAAGACGUAUGAGCAGCGUUUGCAAAGCCUGGGCGAGCUAUUCCAGAAAGCUCUGGGUGAGAUCCAUGCCGACGAGUCGCUUGCGAUUCUGAAGCAAGACAACGUGUCGAAUGACUUUGUCACUUUGCGCGUCCACGAACUCGUGGCCCAUGCGCUGUGCGACGAAAAGGAGCACUUCAUUCGCACGCUGACAGAUAAGCUUGCAAAGAAGGAAGCGUCGUUGAAAGAACUCCUGCGGGACAAGGAAACCAUGGCGACCCAGAAAAAGGCUCUGAUGGACGAAUUACAUCACGUGGCGACCCACGUCGAAGCGUUGCAAGCACGGUAUACCGCAAUGUCCACCGACACCAACGCCACCGACGCCGAAGUCCACCGACUACGUCAUGAGAACCAAGAGUUGAUUGAGCAACUGGCGGCCAGGGAUGCUGACCGUGCCGCGUGGGACGACGAAAGGCGCGCGUUCUCUACCGUGCAACAAGAUUUGGUCCGUUUACAAGCGGAACACGCCAAGGACGCAGCGUUUUACACAGAAGAGCGGUCAAAAGCUGCAAAGACGAUCGAUCUGCUGACCGCCAAAGUCGACGACUUGGAAAGCAAUCGAACGAAACUCAGUGCCGACUGCACAGCGUUGAGCUUGGCGGCACAGGAGAAGGCCAUCGAGCUAGCGCAUGCCAAGGACACGAUCGACUCGUUAAGGCGUCAAUGCGGUGCGCUGCAGCCCCUGGAGGGCCAAAUGGCCGACUUGAAAGCGACGCAUCAAGCUCAAGUUCAUGCGCUUGAAAUGGAUCUGUGGGAAGCUCGCCGCAAGUAUUCGGCCGUUGGCGAGCAAGUCGAAGGAUUGAUUCACGACCACGACCAAGAACGAGCACUUCUUGUUGAGUCCCACGAGAAGGAGCGCACGGCAGCCGCCAACGAACUCCGCCAACGCGAUGAGCGUUCCAAGGACCUCCUCGACGCGUCGGCCAAGCAAAUUGCAUCGCUGGAGGGCCAAAUCAAAGAACGCGACGGCGUUUUACGCGAUACGCUGCAGCAACUCGAGGAAAUGGAAGCGAGAGCCGCGGCGAGCGACGUUGGUCGUGGCGAACUCAAAGUGCAGAUGACGAAGCGCGUUGCGGCAUUGGAGGGCGAGGUCGCGGCAGUGGCCAAAGAAGGUCUUGCCGCCCUCGAGAAGGAGCAGCAAGCUCGCGCUAGUGUGGAAGACCAGUUUGGUGCCUACAAGCGCAUGUCCGAGCUGAAGGUGCAGUCGCUGAUGGCUGCAUUGCAAGCACAAAAGGACGCGACCAAGCGCCACGAAGACGCUGAGAAGCGCAUGCAGUGGCAGGACGCCGCCAUGAAGAAGCACGACGCGCUGCUGCAAGCGAUGAAGUCCAAGUACGAGACGGCGAUAGCGGCGCUUCAGACGGAGGUUGUGGCGGCACAGAGCAAGGCAGCUGAGGCAGCCACCGAGUUCCAUCACAAAUCGACACGCCACGAGCUCGACUUGAUGCAGCAGUAUCAGAGCAAAGUUGCCGAAGCAGCCAAGCAACUCCCUGGACAAGUCGUCUCGAUGACCGAACACAAAGCAGAACUGGACAAACUCGAGGCGAAGUUGACGCUCCAGCUCCAGACGCUGCACCGCCAAGACCAAGUGCAGUGGGAAGAGGCCCACCGCCAUGUCAUGGACGAAAAGGUGCAAGCUUUGGAGGCACAACUCGACACGUGGAAGGCACAGGUCGCUGUUGAAAAGCAAAAAGGCGACGAGUUGCACGCCGCAUUGUUGGCCGAGCGCAAGCAAGUUUUGGAUUGUCGCGCCGCCAUCGACGACGAAUCGAUGGCGAAAACCGUCGUCGUCCAGCGGUUAGAAGAAGCGAAUGUGAAUCUGGGCCGACUCAAAGCCCUCGUGCACGACCAACGAAGUGCGCUGCGGCAGUGGGAGGACAAGUUUUCAAGUCUGCGCAGUGAAUUGGAGACAGCUCAAGGCGAUGCGACGAAGCUGACGAUAGACCUCGACCGGUCCCAGAGCGAGGCUGCCGAGCUACGGGACGCCGUGGAUCGGCAUGUGUCUACAAUCCAACAACUGCAACAAGACGGACGCGCGGCGCAGUCGGUGGCGGCGGAGCGGGAGGCGGCGCUGCAGGCGCUGCUCAAGGACAAGGCCGACGCGAUUGCGUACUUGCAGGAGUUGGUGCGACAGGCCGAGGAAAAGCACGCGGUCGCGACAAAGCAAACUCAAAUCGACAUGGCAUCCAAGGAAGACAGUUGGGCAACGCAAGCCGUCGACCUCCACGCGCGAAUCGACGCGCUGUCGGCGGACAACCAGCACCACACGGUCGAAAAUGCCAGGUUGAUCGAAUCCAUAAAGGAUCAUGCGGCGACGAUCCGUCAGGUGCAGAACGACCUCGACCAGACUCGAGGGGACCUGGCGGCGAUGCAGCGCAAGAAGCAUCAGUACAAAGCUGCCUUGAUAGCGCAGAAACAAUCGAUGGCGGCGGCGGUGCACGCCCAGGACGAAUGGAAGCACGAGGUCGUGGUCCACGAAACAACAAGGAUGCAUGAGUGGAAGAGUACUGUCGACGCGGUACAAAGCCAAGUGCGUGCGCUGAAGGGCGAGUUCGCGGCGGUCCAGCUCCACAUUCGCCGGUUGCUCGAGCAAGACGUCGUGCAGUCUAGGCAAGUUGCGCAGCAAGUCGAAACCAAAGCACGCGGGAUGAUCCAAACGUUGCUGGCAAACGCGGCGCAGCACGUCGCCGAUGCCAAAGCCCAAUGGGCAAUGGACAAAGCGAGUCACUUGGCGCGACUCUCCAACGAGCACGUGGCCGAGUUGGCGGCGCAGCGACACACGCUCGAAUCCGAGUUUCGCAAGCAACUCGACGCGCACCUAGAAACGACCGCACAAACGCAUGCCGAGCUGACCACGUUGAUCAGCGAGCGCGACACCAAGCUGGAAGCGAUCACCGGAGUCGUCCACCGCCACAUUAUAACCAUUCAAUCCCUCGAACAGCGUCUCGAGUUUCAACAAGACGGCGGGGCGAAAGAGAUCGAGCAGGUGCGACGCCAGUUGCUCGAGACGACGCACGAGGUGGCUGCAAAACAAGCCCGCGUCGCGACCCUUGAAACCGACCUCUCUCGUGCACACAGCGAGCUGGCGCGCGUCAAGCAGGUUGCGACGGGGCUUUGCGACGCGAUGGCACGGAUCAGCCAGGCCGUGGCGAAAUCGGGACAGACAAAGCCUUUCCCAGACUGGGACAGCGACAUGGCAAGUGGCGAGUGCUGGCCACGGGGUUGGAAGAAAGCUGUGCACAGUUGGAUCGACAACACCCUCGCCGCGAUCGCGACCAGCCAAGAUAACGCCAUUGCGUCGGCCGUCCAACCGUUUAAAGAUGAGCUGCAGCGGGCCCCGCAAGUGCUUGGGCGGAAAGACUCUGGCGACGUGUCCAAGUCGGUGCUGGCGAUGGCUGCCCCCGUCGCCGAAGAACUCGGGGUCGCCAAGCACACGAUCGCGCGAUUGACAGACGAAUGUAGUCGAUUACAAACGGAGCUGUCCGCGGCAAAACAACAACGAGAUGAUCUCGAUCGGCGGUGCUCCCAACUCGCCGACGACAAGGUCGAGCUCGAAACGUUUCUGGACUUGGCGGGGCAAGACCGCAAGGCUGCCCAGGCGCAGUUUUCGACCCAGCUCCAGGAGGCGUACGUGCAGUCGGAGGAAGCGCUGCAUCAAGCGAAGACUGCGGCGGCGCACGAAAUGGAGCGCAUCCAACGAGAGUGCCGCCAGGCCGUGCACGACUUGCAGGACGAAGUCGACUACCAGACGCGGCAACAUGCCAAGCUGCGCGCAUCGGCGGCCGAACAGGAAAACAAGUGGAAACGUGAAAUCCAAGACCUCGUGCGCCGCAACCAUGCCCUUGUCAAAUGCACGCGAGAAGAGAGCCUGCCCCGAACAGGUCCAUCCACGGACGUUGACCGCGUGCUGCGACAGCACCCCUACGACCCUCGCAUCGAUCACAGGCGCACGUCGACCACCCCCACCAUGACGAGCAUGAGAGACCUCUCCAUUCUCAUGGAAACCAACCUCGAGGCAUCGCGGCACGCGUCGAGGCAGCGACGCCGCGAUCGCGACUAGUGUACCCAGUCAAUCAAUCCAACAACACGCACCGACUUCACCGCACCAUGCGAUGGGCACCGGCUUUGUAGAGACCAUCGGCGAGUGUUCGACGGUCGUGGCGCCACGAGCGACGUGGGUUGUCCUCGACAACAAUACGCUCUCUCGACGAGCGCUGUCAUGCCCAUGUCUGUUGGCAUUCGUCCGCGUGUGCCGGACUGGAUCGCCGACGCUACCACCUCGAACCAUCGAGUCGAGCAAGAUGGACCAGAACGAGUGCGACACAACACGGACAGCUGAAAAUAGAGCCGUCCACACGACGGAUGAAAUGACUGGCUUGGUAUCGCUCGAAACCUCGUGAUGCAAAUAUAGCUCGAGCCUUGGUU